AUGUCUGAUUCGAUUGCGCAGCAGGAUGUGGCGGAGACAGAACAUACACCUGAUCCUGUUGGAGUGGUAGAUACAGAGGAUGCUAAUCCAGCUGAUCAGGAUUUGGUAGGGAUGUCAGUGUGUUCGGUUGAUGAAGCAUAUGACAUGUAUAAUGAUUAUGCAUUUAGAGUAGGUUUUAGCGUGAGGAGGGAUGGUUUAAGAUUCCUUAAAACACAAUCAGGGGGAUCACCACUUGUUGGGUUUACAAGUAGGGAUGCAUAUAACUCUCUAUGUACCGAUGCAUUGAACAGAUUGGAUGGUACCGAUUCAAACACAUUGAUUGAAAUAUUCAAACGGAGGCAGUCAAGUGAAAUAGAUUUUUACUUUGAUUUUGAGGUGGAUUUGGAGUCAAGGUUGUGUAGUUUUUUUUGGAGGGAUGGACGGAUGAGGAGAGACUAUGAUUUGUUCGGGGAUUUGCUAGUUCACGAUACAACAUAUCGUACUAACAAAUAUGACAUGAUUUGUGGACCUUUUGUUGGUAUGAAUAACCAUUGCAUGAAUGUUAUGUUUGGAUGCGGUUUUUUGAUGAAUGAGAAGAUUGAGUCAUUUGUAUGGUUGUUUAAGACAUUUUUGAGAUCUAUGGAUUACAAAAGUCCACAAAGCAUAAUGACUGAUCAAUGUGCUGCUAUGGCUGCUGCAAUUGUUCAAGUUUUUCCAAGUUCACGACAUCGGCUAUGUAUAUGGCAUAUUGGCGAGAACUCAAAGAAACACAUUAAAGGGUUAAGAAAUCAAAAAGAUUUCCUAGAUAUAUUCAAUUGCUUGUUGAAGUAUACGGAUACAGAGGCAGAGUUUGAAUUUUACUGGACGAGGAUGGUUACAACAUAUAAAUGUCACAAUAAUCACUGGAUUGAAAAGUUGUAUGGGUGUAGAGAAAAAUGGUGUCCUGCUUUUAGUAAAGAUUAUUUUUCGGGUGGGAUUUUAUCUUCUGAAAGGAGUGAGACCACUAAUCACUCUAUUUCUAGAAGGUUGUCCAAGACAUCUGGUUUGUGUGAUCUUUAUAACUCAUUUGUUGGGGUCAUAUCAGAGUGGAGAAGUAGAGAGAAUGGGGAAGAUGUUCGGUGUUCACAAGGUGUACCCACAAUGGUGAUGGAUAAUGUUAAGAUUCUGUUGCAUGCUAGGAAAAUUUAUACAAUUGAGAUAUACUAUUUGUUUGAAGAACAAUUUUUGAAAGGUGGAUCAUGCUAUCAAGAGUGUGUGAUGUUGGAAGAUGGUGUGUAUAAGUAUCAUGUCUGGAGGCCUGAUGUUGAUAUUAUUAGGCAUGAAGUGGUGUUUAACAGUAGACAAAUGGACAUUGGAUGUAGUUGCAAUCCCCGAGAAGUAUAUUUUGAAGAGGUGGACUAA